AUGGGGUACUAUCUGGCAGACGGGAUCUACCCUAGAUGGCCCGUGUUCGUGAAGACCAUCACAUCUCCAACUACAGAUAGGAGGAAGUUGUUUGCCAAAAAGCAAGAGGUGGCUCGGAAAGAUGUGGAGCGCGCAUCUGGAGUUCUCCAAUCACGUUGGGCUAUAGUGAAGGGAACGGCCCGUGGUUGGCACCGUCCCCUAAUCGCCGACAUCAUGUAUGCAUGUAUCAUAAUGCAUAACAUGAUCGUUGAGGACGAGGGAGACAACGCCACUUUCUGGAGCGACGAUCCGCUCGCCAGCACCAGCAGUAGCUACAUUGUCACCGAUCCGGCCGUGCAAGGUGUUCCUCCCGACGUGCGCAAUGUCAUGGCCCGUUCAGCGGCGAUGCGCCAAGAAGAUCAACACACACAUCUCCAAGCGGAUCUAAUUGAAGAAAUUUGGAACCGCAAUUGA